AGUAGGGGGGGAGGGCAGUCUGGUGAAUGAGCAGUGAGGGGGAGGAAGCAGCAGCAGCAGCAGCAGCGGAGAGGAGCAGGAGGAGGAAGGCUGUCAGUGUCAGUGUGGCAGACGACAUGGCGAGGCCUCAAUGACACAGGAUUUGCAGCACUGGAAGCUAGAUCGCUGGCAACCAUGGAUGGGUUGGUGGGUGUGGUGGAGGACUGGCUGGGGGACUGUGACCAGGCCUCGGACAGCAGGCAACUGUAUGAGUGUCUGCAGAGUGAUCAGGAACGCCUCUGCCACGCCAUUUACACCCUUUGUGAUGAACGUUCCAGGUGUCCAGAAUUGUUUGAGAGUUCUGUCAAGCAACUGUUUGCUCUAGCACGCAGCAAGGAUGAAAGGCUGCGUGAGUUUGUCCUUCUCUUCUCUCCAAGUCUCCUCUACAUUUAUCUCUCAGCCAUCAGCUUGGGGGACAAAAAGGGUGUGGGCAGUGUGGAGGUGGCUCUCUUGGCACUGUACAACAUGGAGGUGCUUGAUGAACAGGGGCAGCCCAGGAUUGCGCCGUUCCGCCUGCCCACUCUUGCACGCCCCUCGGUCUUUCAUGAGCCUGAAAGCCUAGCACCAGCCUCCUUCACUGUGGGCUCCUUGCAGCGACUGGAGAUAGGAGAUACAGACUCUGUGCGGUGGGGGCCCCCCACCCAGAUGACCUCCAUCACAGCCUCCACACGACACCACUUGGCCACGGCCAUCAUGGUCGCCUUCAAUGCUCGCUUGGCCACCUUGCCCAAGAUUGCUCUUGUGCACCUCUGCAAGGCUGUUUCCAAGCUGUUGUGUCAGGGCUUCAAUCGGCCCGGCCACCACCACCGCUCCUCCUAUGGGAAUGAAAGCAGCUUUGGCCUGUACCCAAGACCCACACCCAGGAUACCUGUCACUUCGGAGCUCCUCAAGGAGUUCUUGCAUGCUGUGUACUUCGCCAUGCCAGCUGAACGCAGCCUGCAUGACCUGCCACCUAUCACCAGCAUAAGCAUGCCUCUCGCACACUUCCAUUACUCAAGCCACAAUGCCACCAGGGGAGGGGGAACGCUUUGUCCUGCCAUGAUGCCCAAUUGUGCCGGACAGUGUUACCAUAGUCCCCAUGUCAAACUGCGCAGGUUCAACGAAUUUGCCAGUUUGGGAAUACAAGCUCUGGAAGACAUACACAUGAGGGCACAAUAUGAACUGUUUGCUGAUGUUCUUCUCAUGACAAAUGGCAUCAAGAAUUCCCUCAAAGUCAACCCAAGUGGUCAGCCGAGCGAUGGUCCAAUGGGGAUCAGCGUGGCACUCACCCCUUCCACCACCACCAACACUCCGCUCUCCAAAACCUUCAUCACAAAUGCCUCCUUCAGGACCAAGAAGUUGCCAGACGACAUUCCCAUCCAGAGUACAGAAGACGACAGACCCCUCACCUCCAUCCAGGAGGAAGGGGAUGCGGGUGAGGACAAGAACAAGCCCAUCCGCACCCCUCAGGGCUCCAGCAGGGAAAAGGAUGGCAAGGAGAAAGAGGGCAAAGAGAAGGCCAAGUUUGCUGCCCCUUCUAUAUCCAAGCCCAACCUGGGGAAGCGGAAGGACAAGGAGAAGGCAAGAAAUGGCGACCGUCGAGACGGGGAGAAGAAAGGAGAGAAGAAAGAAAAGCACCGUCACGACAGGGAGAAAGAAAGUCGCAAUGGGACCAACAGCAAUCGCAACAGUGCAGCGAUGAACAGCGACUCUGAUGGCGGCGGCAGUGAUGCCACUGGCUACCAGCAGCAACAGCAACAACAACAACCUCAACAGCAACAGCAACAGCAACAGCAGCAGUCUCAGCAGCAGCAGCAGCCUCAGCAACAGCAGCAGCAGCAGCAACAACAGCAGCAACAACAACAACAACAACAACAACAACAACAACAACAACAACAACAACAACAACAAACACAGUCACAAUCACCACAACAGCAACAGCAACAAACACAGCAGUUUGAAAUGAAGGUAAUUUUGACCAAGUCCCCAAGACAUUACGAGAGCAGCAACAGUGGUGGGGAAGACAUGCUGCUGCUCGGUGGGGAGGAAGAGGAGAGCCACAGGGAGUUGGAGGACCACAUCCCCCACCAGACCAGGAGUCCUCUGGAGGCUAAUGGGGCACAAAACCACAUUGCCAAGAUCAUUUGAACAGGUAAUUCUGAGCUACAGAUAUAUUUGUUUCCAUUCACUCAUUCAUUUUAACUUUUCAUUAAGACUACAAGCAAUAGUGAAUCUGGAAGUAAUCUGUAAGGUGCAGGUUUUUCUGUUUUUCACCCUUAAAUUGCUGUUUUCUUCACUCUUUCAAAAUGCAUUCAGCUAUUCAGUGUCACAGUUUCAUGAAAUUCAUACAUUCAUGUGAUCAUAGAUGGGGCACCUUUGUACUUUACUUUUAAUCUUCUGAGUUUUAUCUAUCAAAUUUCUCUUGCACUGUACAUAGUUUUGUUCCAUAAUCUGGUAUUCAUAAGACUUUUUUCCAGGAAUUGAAAGGGUUUGACUGUAUGGUCAAAGCUAACAAAAAAAAUUGCUAUUCCCAGAAGUUGUUUGCUAAUUAGAAGAGUACAAGUCAGGUUUCAGUGCUCAUCUACAAAUUCUCAGACAUUAUAUUAAGAGUAUUAGUGGAUAAUAGUAGCAGUGUUGUGGUGGUGCACAGGCACACUAGUCAUUACAUAGCCUUGGUCCCCUCAAGCUCUGAGCUGGUGGGUACUUAUUCCUCUGUUCCCCCCUAGGGGACUGCCAUACUGUUCAGUAGAAAGUGUAGGGCAGGGUAAGGUUUGUAGAUUGCAUCUGACCUGUAACUCUGUCCUGUGAUCUGUUACAACAUUAGGAACAUUUGGUGGGAUUGUAGUGAGUGUCAAGGAUGAUUAUUGCCUUUUCUAUGAUCUCUGCAACCUGACUUUGGUUAUUUAGUUAUGUUUAGUUUGUUAAAUUUGCAUAGUGAUGAAUUGAUUUAUGUGUUACUAUUAUUUUUAUUUUGCUGUCUAUCAGUAACAUUUCUUACUGAUAGAACUUUAAGUGAGGUAUAGCUUUGCAUUUAACAAGGGUACAGUUACUAGUGAUAAAAGAGUAGGUGUGAUAUUAUUUCCAGAGAGUACUGAUUAAGGUCACUCUCCUAUAACUUGUUACACAUAACAGAUAGGUAGUGAGUUACCUGACCGUUUACUGUUUACUGUUCGCUGGUACUGGAAUCCAUCUGCAGCAUUGUGUUAUUGCUGUUGCCCUCUAAAAGCUCUUUUCUGUGUGGCCUUGUGUACUUGUGGUAUACCUACAGUCCUGGCAACUGGUGGCCACUCUGAGAGUCAUUACCUACACUCCAGCCAUUCUUCCACACCUCACCUCAAGCAAUAUAUUGUCUAUGAAAUGAAUGUGGCCAGCUUUUACAGUAUUAUGUGAUGAAAAAAUGAGGCAGCAGAUUUUAACCUUAUAGUAGACAAAAAAAACUAUGGAGGAUUCCCUCAAUUCCUUUGGUGAAUGCAACAUACACUGUGAUGCAUAAUUUAUGACUCUGACAUGUGAUAGUUAAACCAUUAUAUAAUUGAUAGAUGAUUUGUCAUUUGUGUAGUGUUGAACUUCUUACUGAAAUUAAAUCUGUUUGUCAGGCAGAUUAGCAGUAACUGAUAUAGCAGUGUCAUUUACAAUGUCAAAAGUUAUAUCCAGGCCAGAGAGAGAAGGUUUGUGGCUCAAACUGUGAAGAGAUGAAGCACCGCUCCACGAUUCAUAUUGACGUAGCUCGGCUCAGGGUGUGGCCAGUGUCUUGAAGUGGAUCAUUGAAAGAGAUGGCCAGCUGAGACUAUCAGGUGGAGAUGUGAUGUGUGGUACUGGUUGACAUGGAGAAAUGAGGGUGAAGCACCUUGGUACUCAGAGAAGAGGUGAACCACUGUUGAUGUGUAACUUACCACGUUCAGCAGAGACAGUUUAGACUCCUGCACUACAUCUCAAAUGUAACACCAAUGAACACCAUGUUUGUGAAUUGUAUUAAGCAAGUUUAAUGCAAGAAGAAAUGGAAUGGUGUAGAUUGUUUCUCCAUUUCAUUAAUGACUCUCUCAACUCACAUAAAAUGUGGGAGUCACACAUCUCUUCAUAUGUCAGUGUUUCUGAUAAAAGUUUUUUUUGUAUAUUCUCAUAUCCAACUUGUGAAAUAUGUACAUGUCCUUAUAUUUCAUAUGAUCAUUAAUCUAAGGUUAAAGACUGCUGCCAGAGUUUUGUAUGAAAUGUAUUUAUUGAUUUGUGCAGGAAUGUAUCCAUAAAAAGUGUGUGUGUGUGUGUGUGUGUGUGUGUGUGUGUGUGUGUGUGUGUGUGUGUGUGUGCGUGCGUGCGUGCUUGUGUGCGUGUGUGCGUCUACACAAAAUCUAUGUUGUUGACAUUGUCCGUGUUAUGUUACCCUGGAGUGAUGUGAGAAACACUUCAUAGCAUUGGCUGUUUGAAGUGUACCGUGUGUGUGUGAUAUGACCCAGAAAUUUGUCAUGACUUCCAUCUGAGACUAGUGAAGAAGGGAGCUUUUCUUCUCUUGUCUGCUGUUUUCUUUCCUUCCUUCCUCAGUCCUGUGCUUGCUGGAAACUCUAUCCUGAUCAGUUCUCACUGUCAUUGUUGCAUCACUUGGCAAAGUCACAUAGUUACAUGAUUACUGUGGUAUUCUGCAUAUAAUAUAAAGUGAAUUGUGUAUAGCGGUAAAGAUUACAGGAAAAUUCGCGUGAUUCUAAAAGUAAUUCUUAAAAUGACACUAGAAAGAGCAUGGUGACCUGACUUCACACUGGUGAAAGAUGGCACAAGCAGGCUUGACUUUUCACAGAGAGGAAGGCAAGAAAACCCAAGGCACACAUGCUCAUUUUCCCAUAUCACUCAUCUUGUUAUAUAGUGUAAGAGAUCCUACUCUGUUUUGUAUUGUCCUGUAUCUCGUGUCAGUGUGCAUUAUUUGUUGUACAUUAACAUGCAAGUGAUCCCUAUUGUAAAGGGGAUUGCAUACACUAUGAAUGCAACAAAAGAAUAUAUUGUAAAUCUAAUAACAGUUCUUCCACAAGCUGAAUGUUGUUACUGGGGUCUUCUUUCUUUUCACUUUGUUUUUGCAAGUUUUAUAAUAGCAUAGAACUUUUCCUCCCAUUUCAGUACUUUCAGUCUUCCUUGUUUUUUUUUUCUUUUUAACCCCAAGAACAUUCUGUAUAAAUCUAGCACUUCAAUCAUGAUUUCAUUAUUGUUCGUGUUGUGUACAUUUGAUCCAUUGUUAAGUUUGCAUGAGCUGGUACCAUCUCUAAGCAUUUUCUCCAUAGUGCCUCUUAACUGCCUACACAGAAAAUCCUUGUUUUUCACAAUGGGUACAUUUUGAACAUAGUUGAAAAUGUAUUCAGCAGAUGUGGUUGUCAAAAAAAAAGGGAAAAAUGUGUGCACUUUUUAAUGAAAGCACUACAAUUUUUUUUGUAGAAUAUAUAUAAAUAUGUAUCAUUAUAGAUUACAUAAUGGAAAAUAAGGAUUCCUUGUGUUGCAUUACUGAGUAUCCUGCCUUGGUGUGGGAGGACAGUGAUGAGAGUAAGCAGCAGCACACAAAACUACCACUGUGUUGACACUCAUACCUUUCUCAUCAUUUUCUGUUAGAUUGUGCAUGAUCAAUGUACAACUAGCCUCCCAGUAGUUCAUCAGGAUUAGAUCCCUGUUUAUUUGAAAAUACUGAAACAACAAGGAAGUAACACAGAUAUAGGCAAGAAUUAUCUUGUUUGAAAAUUGUAGAGAGAAGUUACCUAUCUCUGUCCUCUUGGUGUAGCAGGACAAGGCUUGCUUCGGCUGAGAGGAACAACUGUUGCCAUGAGCAGCUGCUCUCACCAGACAUGACUGUGUUGGAUCUCUGUUCUCUUUGUGUUAGAAAGUUUGUUUAGUUCAUAUAAUAUUUCAGACUUGCAUAUCGAUGACCAUUUUCAUUAUGAACACUUGUGUUUUCCAUUGGUUGCUGUGAGUAGUGAUGGGGAGCCAUGGCUGCUGGGUGUUCACCACGUGGGGUAAAGUACCUACUGUAGUAUAUAUUACAAGUAACCAUAUUUUUACUAGAUGUUUAGUGGGUGUUGUAAAGUAUAUGCAUAUCUAAAAUUGUACGUAACAUUAAUAAUCAUUCACUUAGCUUUGUACAUAUUAAAGUUGGAAGUAUAAUUGCUUACUUGGUGAAAGAUCACUUGUUAUAAAAGAAUGAAUGACAGUUACUGUUUUGUGGCUUGAAUGAGUGACGUUUGAGUGGCUGCAUGGCCCAUGUCUGAGUCUGGCCAACUUAUGAGUACUGUGUCUGAUGAGGUUUACUUCUUUUAUUUUAUAUUUCACUGUUUUUGUUUCCUCUGGCCUUCCUUUUUAUUUGCUUCCUAGUCAAGUAUGGGAUUUAGGGCUCCAGGUAAGAAGAGGAGCAUAGGUAUAGGUGUAUAUCAUUAUGUUACUGUGUAAGUCUUAAAUUUGAGGAUGACAGGUUGUGCUCCUUCCCUGUGAAUGCCAGGGUUGUUGCUGACAAAUCUUGCAGAGAUUACUUUAUCGGCUCUCUCAUGAAAUCAUUUACUUUGGUUUCCUCUUCCUCAUCCUUCUGUAACCUGAUUCCUUAAUCCACUUUCAUCUGUAGUGGUGGAGCAGUCAAGAACAACUGUACUCCAUUUGUAUAGUUGUGAUGGUUGUCACUGUGGCUAGAUCAGUAAUGAGUUGUGCAUCUUAAGUGUUGCUUCAAGGUUUGAGUCUCCUGCCAUUCUUUAGCUUCCCCUUUGGAUCAGUCCCUCCUUGAUUUUUGCUUCAAUCAGGGUUGAGUCAAUAGAGAGCUUUAAAAGAAGGUUAGAUAAGUUCAUGGAUGGGGAAGAUAGAUGGAAUUAGGUAGCUUAAGCACACAGGGACUGCCUCAUAUAGGCCUGACAGCCUCUUGCUGCUUCCCUCUUUUCUUACGUUCUUAUGUCUGUGUUUACUGUCAAUCUCUAUAGAGACUGAAGGGAAAACUUGAAUAAUCUCUUCAAAUAGACACAUACCUUCUUUGUUGCAUUCAGUGCACAUUCUCUCUCUCUCUCUCUCUCUCUCUCUCUCUCUCUCUCUCUCUCUCUCUCUCUCUCUCUCUCUCUCUCUCUCUCUCUCUCUCUCUCUCUCUCUCUCUCUCUCUCUCUCUCUCUCUCUUUUGCAUUGCUGUUCAUCGCUUAGUUUUGUGUUUUAGUGAAGUCGUCUUGGUUUGAGUCACCCACCAGCAGCUUUGCUUAGUUCAGCACAGUAGGGAAUGGUUUGUUUUGUUCAGUCAUGUAAAGUUAUAAAAAGCAUAUUGAAAUCAACUGAAUAUUACAUUUUAUGUUGAACUGUCAUUGAUAAAGUUAUGCUUUUAUCUUGCUUUAGGCAAAAUAAGGCAUCAUAUGUUGUUUGUUAUACACACAUGUGAAUGAUGUAUCAAUGAGUUCACUGAAUUAAGCACCAGUCUUGUUAAAUGUUCAAUGAGGUACAAAGUUGUCACUCUUCAAUGGCUGGUCUUAAUAUUUCCAUCUCAUCACAAGAGACGUGUUGUGAGCCACCGAGGUACUGCUGUACUGAUGUAGCGGUGUUGUAAUCAAACAACCUGGCAGGAAGGGAAAGAGUCUAUCUUUUUUUUUAGUCAUGAGUUAUGCAUAUAGUAUUUGUAUUUGAUCAUUUAUUUUAUUUGUACAUAUUUAUUCAUUUAAAUAUUUUGUAUGGGUUGGACAGUAAGGGGCAGGAGAAGGAACUGGUUGUGGCCUUGAAGACAUGGGUUAGUAUUAUCUAUUUUUGUUAACAUUUCUCUUACAUAAAUCAUUCCAGUGUACAGAAGACAGCUGUCAUACUCAUGGCAAUACAUACAAUCCAUGUAAAAUGUACAUUUGUCUUGCUGUUGAUAAUAGCAUUGAACCAAACCUCAUAAAAUACUUACUAAUGCAAUGAGCCACUCAGUGUACUCUUAUUUUUAAUGCAUUUUCUGGGAACAGAGUGCAAAUGGUUAAACUCACCCAUUUUGUAGGUGUAGGGUGGUGUGUUGUUUGAGAGCAGGGUGCUGGCUGAGGGUUUCAGUGUGUACAGAGGGUGUGUACCCCCUGCCAGUUCUUGAAUCAAUAUAUAUCUGCCAUGUAAGAGGCCUUAACCCAAUCAUGUAGUUGUGUGAAUGUGAAACUAAUGAGGUCAACCUUCCCACAAAAUAUUAUGUAACAAAUAUUGUUGUGUUUUAAUCUUUGGUUUUAUUUGGCUUUCUAUAGGGGUGACCUUCAAAAGGUCUUCUCAGGAGAGUUUAAGUAGCUGGAUGACCUUUUCCUGGUGACCUCAAUGACUCUUCACUAGGUUGGAGUAGCUGAAUAACCAUUUCCUGGUGACCUACGGGGUUCCUUGUUAGGUUGCUGUAGCUGGAUGACCUUGUUCUGGUGGCCUCCUUAAGGGUUCCUUGGAGUAGUUGUUGAAUAACCUGUUGGUUUGCUGUGUAGUGUGUUGACAAAUAGAUCAGUACAGUAUAUCCGUCAUCUGCUAGAAAAAAACACUUUACUUUUGUAUGAUUUAUAUGAUGAACAUUGUCAGAUGGCAUUCCUACCUUGGUUCCUCGUUGUAAAUAAUGUUAACUUCAUUAUCUCAUAUGUCUGAAAAGUAUAUUUGCCAGAAUUUACAAAAAUGCAAACACAUUAUGAAAUAGGGAUUUUGUUGAUAUUAAGGCAGGAGAGUCACAUGUCUUAGUUACUGACCUACUCUGGUGACUGAUUGCCACAACAAAUUGUUCAGUGCUUGUUUUGGAGAUAUUUGCAAUUGUUACUUUUGAAAAAAAAAAAAAAAAAAUAACACUUAUAAGAAAACCAAUCACCUGCUUGCUGAAAGUUGUCACCUGGUCCUAAAUUUACAUUGUGUUAGAUCUGUAGUUGUUUGUGGAGACUAGAGAUGUAGCAGAGUGUGCCCCAUCAUUAUUAUGUACCUCAAGAUUCCAGAUAAGCACAAGCCAAAGUCAGGGAACUCAUAUAGUUUUCAUAAUUAUUAAGUACACAAAUGCCAUCAUAAAGACCAAGAUAUAAAGAGGAAAAGUGGGGAUGUCAUUUCUAUCUGCCCAUAGUUGCUAAUAAUAAACUGAGAAAUUAAUUAAGGAAUUGGCCUUUAGAUAUUGUAAGAGUGAAGAUUUUCUAUAGACCAUAAAGAUCAACUAUUUUCCAUGCCUUUUUAUGGAAAUUUAAACGUAAAAAAAAACAAUCUAAAUAACUAGAUGAAUAAAAUCAAAGGGAAUAGAAUAAUGAAAGAUUUUUUGACAGACAUCCUGAAUGUAUCUAUUGUGCAGAUUCACACCCACAUGCUUAAGAUUAUUAUUGUGUGGGUCGAAGUCCUUAAGUGGUCUACUUUGAGAAUGAAUAAUGAAAGAGAGCUGACUUGGAAUGUGAUCAUUUGCAAUAUUCUUAUGUGACUACAUUGAAAGAUUGUGUUGUGGAAAAGUAAUUAAGGUAACAAAUACUUGGCUGCAAAGGAAAAAUGGAUGUUCAAAGUUCUUAAUUACCAAAUUAGUGUUAGGAGAAGAUUUUGCACAAAAAGGAAAAUUUGAUGUGUGAACUAGUUUAUCAUGUGGGAUAUUGUAUCCAGAUCCAGCUGCUGCAGAAAGGUACACAUGCAAGAGUCACAGCUAGUUUUGACAUUUAUUGUGUGAGAGUGUGAGAUGGAUAUGUGAUGUCACUAUUGCCUUCAAAUGUAUAUAUUGUAUGUUAGGGUAGCAGUGAAAAGAAUGUUCUCUGUCGAAAUUACAAAUUAAAGAAAAAGAAGUAAUUUAGUUUUAUCAAGGUAUUUUACUUCAAAGUAGAAUGAACUAAACAUUUUUGCAUUAGAACAAAAGAAUGAUUAAAAGCAUGUAAGAAAGUUAAAUUAUCUUCAAGAAAUCAGGGAUGCAAAACAGUUUGCGAAGUCAUACUUACACUUUGGAGUCGGGUCUAAACCUAAUUGGUGAAAAGACAGAAGAGAUAAAAGAGUUUAAUUAUCUUGCACAGGUUUCUGCAUGUCUCAGUAGAGGAGUCUGAAGGUUAAGUCUUAGAAACACUGUGUGAUGAAUUAAGCCAGAACUGUUAAAUAGUUUGGGUUAGAGUUAAUUUAGAAAAAAAGAAAAGAACAAUUGCAGAUGGCACUGAUGAUGACCAGGAUACAUCACUGAAUGAAGUAAUAGGACAAAAAUGGCAGUGAAGAAAAAACUAUAUAAAAUGGAACUUGAGCAAUACAGUUUUCCAGGGAAUUUGUAGAAAAAAAAUCAACAUUACAAACAGCAAAUAUAAGAAGUAUAAUUGAGCUUUAGCAGCUACAGUAAGUCAAGGUACAUAAUAUAGACAGAGUUUCACAAAACUUGGUAUGUGUUGAGCAUAGUGGAUGUAUGGAAUUUGUUCAAGAUUGCAAUUAUGAAACAGAAUAAAGUCUGGAAAUAGUGAAGAGUGACAAAUGUAGAUGAUGAAGGCAUUCAUGUGAGAAUAUGUGAAAAGAGUGAAAGUGUCCUCAAAUGCAGCCUCCACCACUUACCAUUCCUAAGCUAUAAUGAACAGAAGUACUACAUGUAACUGUACCAGAGACAGUGGUGAAUGCUUAUUUAAUGCCAUUCAGAGCAGACCUUUACAGACGGGUGCUACUCUUGACACCGCUGGCACUGGCAUGUAGUAAUGUAAUGCCACAUGUGCUUCUCAGUGCCUGGUAGCAGACUCUUCAUGAGAAACACGGUGUAACUUUCUCUUAUGUAUCUCCAGAUAGUUUGAAAUUGAAAACAUUGUUGAUUUUCUGGCAGAUGCUUGUGUCACUAUAGGUUGUAGAGUUACCAUGACUAGUAAACUCCUUGGUGUGGAAACCAUGAUGCAGGUAAACUCUUGUUAUAUCACAUAGGAAAGGAAUAGUUAAGUAUGCAUAAGUUAUACAUAUACACUAAUUUUACAUUUUUAUUUAAGGUUGGUUCCCUGUCAGGUCAUGCUGUGGUAUGUAGUAUAGAGGUUAUAUAUAUAUAUAUAUAUAUAUAUAUAUAUAUAUAUAUAUAUAUAUAUAUAUAUAUAUAUAUAUAUAUAUAUAUAUAUAUAUAUAUAUAUAUAUAUAUAUAUAUAUAUAUAUAUAUAUAUAUAUAUAUAUAUAUAUAUAUAUAUAUAUAUAUAUGUAUGUAUGUAUGUAUGUAAGUAUAUUAAACGUUAACCGCUUGUCUGAUGUUAUAUUCAUUGUGUAUAUAUUGUAAUUUGAAUUGUGCCAAUGUUGGAUGUAAAUAUAUAUAAAUCAACGUUA